GUGAUAAAUGAAGACGAGGAAGGAAGUCUGAAAACAAUUUUGGUUUUUAAUAUUCAUGAAAGCUGCUGAUUUAAUAGUCCUCGAGAUCCUUAAUUUGGAUUUAAAACCACCCUCUUUCCCACUCCCCAUAUAUGGAGUUCAAGUGAGAACUUCGAUUAACAAGUCCAUUUGCUUAACUUGGGUUCCUUUCUGGCUGUUGCUUAAAGGAUCCAAUUAGCUUAAGCUUUUUCUCGGUAAAUCAUAGAGAUUUUUCGUGGAAAAAUACACUUUGCAUUAGUCACCCUGAAAGGGCGGCCAAAGCUUCGGAAGCAGACCCCUUUUCAGGAAGCAUAAAUGGCUUUGAACUAAGUGAACUUUAGUUCUCCUUUGUGCUCAUAAUUUAGUACUGCCUCAAAGCUUGAGCUGUUACACUGUUUGCAUUAAUAGUACAAAGCCUGCUUUUGGUUUGCAUUUCAGCAGAAGCGAUAAAGACCAAUUUCAAUGUUUGGGUCAAUCAGAAUCUAGUGCAUAUUUCGCGUUUUAAAUUUCGUCAAGAUUUUUGUGUUUUGUUAAAGGAGAGGAAAUGGAUGAGACGAACGAUAUUGUGGAUAAGGUUGAUGAUGUGAUGUUGCCGGGUUUUCGUUUUCAUCCCACAGACGAGGAACUUGUUGGGUUCUAUCUCAAGACAAAGAUUCAGAGGCGACCUCUUCCAAUUGAGCUAAUUAAGCAAGUAGAUAUCUACAAGUACGAUCCGUGGGAUCUUCCAAAGCUGGCGGCUACUGGGGAGAAAGAGUGGUAUUUCUACUGUCCAAGGGACCGUAAAUACAGGAACAGUGCACGGCCAAAUCGAGUUACUGGAGCAGGGUUCUGGAAGGCCACCGGAACUGACCGGCCUAUUUACUCCUCUGAGGGCACCAAAUGCAUCGGUUUGAAGAAGUCACUCGUCUUCUACAGGGGCAGAGCAGCCAAGGGGAUCAAAACCGAUUGGAUGAUGCAUGAAUUUCGGCUACCUUCUCUCUCAGAAUCAGAACCACCCAAGUUCUUAGACAAAAACAUAACUGCAAAUGAUUCAUGGGCAAUCUGCAGGAUAUUUAAGAAAACGAACUCCAUGGCUCAAAGGGCUCUUUCUCAUUCUUGGGUAUCUUCACUACCAGAAACUUUGGCAACUGAUAUGCUCACUCAGGGUACACACUACAGUCAGUUCAGAUCAGAGAACAUCUCUAAUUGCACGACUGAAACUGGGCCGGCCAUGCAGUUUUGCACUAACGAUGACUUGCCGCAAACCUCUGCUGCCUGUUUCUCUACUUUAGACAUUCUUUCUUAUAAGCCCAUUAAUCAUACGGUCUCUAGGCCUCCUCUAUUCCAUGUUUCUAAUGGAGAACUUCCCAGUGGCUUCCCGUUCUCACCACUCGAUGUGUCAGGACCCACCAAGUGUACAGUUGAUUCAACUUCCAUGCUUUUGAAUUCUCCCUUAGGUGAUCUGACUAAUGCCUCUGGGACUUUAGAUUUUGAAGGGCCAGAACAGCAGUUCAGUGGCUUCUCACUCGGUUUGCAUCAGGAGAUGCAAGGCAACAUGGGCGCAGGAGAAGAUCAUGAGGCAGGCCUCGGGAAGAACCCAGAUGCAGCCCACAAUAACCAGUGGGGAACGGUCCAAUCAAUUGGAUUUCCCUUCAGUUUGCCUUCAAAUGAUGAUUGGAAGCCUAAUCUGCCAUGGGAUUCGCCACCUUGUCCUAGUCUUGAGAUGUCCACUAACCAUUCCACAAAUGAAUGAUAUACUAAGGAAAAAACAAAAUAAAACUUUGGAGACCAUAUUAUAGCUAGGGAGAAUUAUGUUGCCAUUAAAGAAGGUCACUCUGUUUACCAUGUGAUUGUACAGUUCCAUAUAUUCCAUUUAUACAUUUUAAGUUGUGUUGUUUCUUUGAUCA